AUGAAGUUCUGUCUCGCAGCAAUGGCAGCUUUUGCCCUAAGCAGCGUCUCAGCCGAAGCUUUCGUCGAGCGCCAAAGUCCAACAGUGGUGGGCACCAUCGAUGCCUCCGUGGCGACUGUGAACUAUACUGUAUCCACAUACCUAGUUACUAUCGCAUCAAGCAUCGCCGUGAUCAAGAACGAGCCGAACGCAUACACGGCAAUUGCGCAACAAGCUAUCAAUGCCAUCAAGAACAGCGCUAAAAAUAUCACCGCAGCCCUUACCGAUUCUUCUGGGAAUAUCAUUCGUGUUACCACUACUGGGCUGGGCGAACUCAAUAUCAGGGCGGCGAUCCUGGUCCAGAGCGAGAUUGACAUGCUGGCCAGAGAUAUCGACACAAUCAAGAACAUCCUCACCAAUAUCAAUGCUUCAGUCAAAGUGGUGCACGCAGACCUCGAUCAAACCGUCAAUGCGCUGGUCAGAGCUGAGUUCGCAGCAUUGUCAGCAGCACUUAGGUCAUUCGUCGGUCCAGUAGCCGCCUUCGCCUCCGCUGCAGCUACCCUUAGCAUUACGGCUUCAGUAACCGGGAUUCGUAAUGCUAUUACUAGCCUUAUUAGCAUUAUAGCUGGGGUAUAUGCUACUCUAGGAAUUUAA